GAACUUAACAAACGAACAACGAAUAUGCCUUCAACUAUUAAACGACCUGGUGCUCCACCACCACCUCCGCCACCUGCAAAAUCAAGUAAUCCGCCACCACCUCCUCUUGUAACAAAUAUUCAACAUCAAUCGCAAAACACGGGAUAUAACAAUAAGCCAGCAUUAGUUGCCGAGGCACCUCGGCCGCCGCCUAGAAUUUCAUCUUGCCAGGAGUCUCUUGAGCAAAGAUUCCAUUUUGUGCCUAUUUCUGAAUUGCCUCCGCCGCCAAGAUUUAUUGGAUUUCCUAAAGACUAUGGAAUUGCAGGAAGAAAACAUCAACAAAUGACCUAA